AUGUCGCAGCUACACCGAGGAAUGCACAAGAAACCCGGCAUGUUUCCCCCCAAAGAAGUAUUGGAGGAGGUGGACGCGGGAUCAGGCUCAGAUACAGAAACCGAGGAGACCGUGGAGUGCACUGAAGAGGAAGAGGAGCAAGAUGAAACUGACGGUCUAGGUGACUUGGGCAUGCCGCCACCCAAGAAGACGACCAAGUCGGCUGCUUCGCCGACUGUCCCGGCUCCAGCAUUAAUUCCAUCUCUCUCACAUCUCAUUGGGCUGGAAGGAAAGCAACCAUCUCGGAAAUACGCGCCAGCAGAAUGGCCUCAGUACUUUAAGCAGAAGAUUUCUGUUGCUCGCGACAAUGACACAUUCAAUGUGUUAUACACGCCACCUGACGAUUCUGAGGCACCCGUCUACGUGUUCCAUCACGGUGCGGGAUCCUGUGCAGAGUCGUUUGCACUGCUCUCUGUGCGUCUAAGAGAAAUGAUGCACGAGGAACGGUUCCAGCUUGCUGCCACUGCCAAGAUCCGAGAUGAAAAUAAGCUGCCCGGAAUGAUUGCAUUCGACGCCCGAGGACACGGAUUCACCGAGGUUGAGUCCACGGACUACUCGUUGGAAGCCUUUACCAACGACUUUGCAUUUAUCGUUGCCAACGUGGUUGCCGAGUUCGGGCUCACUAACAACCUCAUUCUGGUGGGCCAUUCGCUAGGAGGCGCUGUGGUAACAAACGCGUGCCAUUUAAAGCUCAUCCAGCACCCAGUCAUUGGUCUUGCUGUUCUGGACGUGGUCGAAGGAACUGCCAUUGAGUCGCUAGCAAGCAUGCAACAGAUUCUCAAUUCCCGCCCUAAAUCCUUUCCCACCGUCGAAAAGGGUAUCGAAUGGACUGUACAGAGUCAUACGAUCAGAAACAGAGAGUCUGCAUGUGUCUCCGUGCCCCCUACUCUCAUAAGCCAGCAUGACGGGCCAGGAAUGACAUGGAGAACCGAUCUCAUGCUCACGAAGCCCUACUGGAAGGGUUGGUUCACCGGACUGUCUGAGAAGUUCAUUUCUUGCGCACCGGCCAAACUUUUGAUUCUAGCAGGCACAGAUCGACUAGACAAAGAUCUCAUGGUCGGCCAGAUGCAAGGAAAGUACCAACUCAUUGUGUUUCAGGAAUCGGGUCAUUUCGUACAGGAAGACGCUCCAGACAAGACUGCUCUCAGUCUUAUUGACUUUUGGAAACGAAACGACAAGGUGAACAAAACCGUUCCCUUGUUUGGUGCCUUUAGAGCAUGA